AUGCUGUAUGAGCAAUACAGAGCAACACCACUUGGCAGACUGCCACAGGAUACUCUGCAUAAUGCAUGUAAUCUGUCGCACACCUGUCAAAUUAAAUUCUAUGUGUACUUCUUGUUCACAUCACUGCCAAGGACUCCCCCCCCCUCAUUAGUAGGCACUUCGGCUGUCACAGCAGCCCCUCCAAGAAUUACUUCGACAGCAACUGAUCAAGCCGGAGCAACUCUGACCAAGGUCCAGCUCCCCCUUAACAUAUACCUGGCCCUGUACGCUUACAAGCCCCAAAAGACAGAUGAGCUGGAGCUCAGAAAGGGAGAGAUGUAUCGUGUGACAGAAAAGUGCCAAGACGGAUGGUUCAAAGGGACGUCAUUGAGGAGCGGCUCGUCUGGAGUUUUUCCCGGCAAUUAUGUGACUCCUGUGUCCAGGGCACCAUUUGCAAUGGGAUCAAGUCGCUCUACCCUGCCUGGAUCUGCACAGACAAUGAAGGGGGUUACCAACUCCCCCCAGCCCACAGGCUCCUCCAGUCCCAUUCUCAUGAAUGCGGUGACACGUCCAGUGGGUCCCAUGGCUGCUCCACCUACUUCCCCACAGAUGCAACAAGCUUCUGCUCAACCCAAGACCUGCCCACGGAUGUCUGGGCAGCAGACUGUAAACCAGGCCCGCAUGGUCACACAGACAGUUUCAGUGCACCCUCAAGCCCAGACACCGGAGCGGCCCACGGCGACCGUCCCACCACUGCGAACGCAGAGCUCACCAUCUCGCUCCCCAGUGACUGUGGUUCGACCACACACAAUGCUAUCUCCUCAGCAUGUGCACCAGCCGCCAACCCCUAGUACGUCAGGGACCCUUUGUGCCCGACCCAUUAUUCCACUGACCUCGGCCGCUGCUGCUAUCACCCCACCCAAUGUGAGUGCAGCAAACUUGAAUGGAGAGACCAUCAAUGGACCGCUGCACCAAUGCUUACCUUCUCUCGCUCCAGCCAACAAUUCUCCCACCUUGCCAAAAGGAGAAGAGAAGAAAACUGAAAAGAAAGAAAAGAAAGGGGUUCUUCUGAAGCUGUUAUCAGGAGCAUCUGCUAAAAAGAAGUCUCGUUCUCCACCAUCAGUCUCUCCAACACAUGAACCCUCACCUCAGUCAUCCUCAGAGUCCACUAUUCAGGGGGCAAUGGCACCCGAACUGCCGUCGGUCUCCAAUCAUGGACGAGCAGGUUCCUGUCCUAUCGAAAGUGAAAUGCAAGGAGCCAUGGGAAUGGAACCCCUGCACAGAAAGUCAGGAUCCUUGGAUUUAAAUUUUUCGGUUUCUCCACCUGCAAGACAGCCUUGCUCUUCUCUGAUUGCCAUACGUCCAGAGCCGAAACCUCUUUCUCGGGAAAGGUACCGAGUGGUGGUCCCAUACCCGCCCCAGAGCGAGGCAGAGAUCGAACUCAAGGAAGGAGACAUUGUGUUCGUCCAUAAGAAGCGAGAGGACGGCUGGUUCAAGGGAACGUUACAGCGUACCGGGAGGACUGGCCUCUUCCCAGGCAGCUUCGUGGAGAGCUUCUGAGAAGCACAGUUACACCAUAGCACAUAUUUUCAAAAAAGAAAAAAAAAAUUUAUUUGCAUCUUUGCAGUUUUGGAAAAAAAAAGAGAAAAUUCUCUUGAAUGAAAAUUCCAGCCGAGUCUUUUCUGACAUUGAUUCUUCUCUUGAGCACAACAAGACAUUUGCAAUGGAAAGAGAAUUCACCUUCACUGCCAUCUUUACUUCCAAAGAAAGAAAUGGACAGUUUUUUUUUUUCUUUUUUCUUUUUCAUUCAUUACAUACAAGCACAGAGAGAAAGUCCGGAGUGACCAUGCUGCUCACUUCUGGGGUGUUGCAGCCGUGCCUUCCAGCCGCAUGGUCACAGACUGACUGCCCACCCGAGGAGCGCCUUGCAGCACUGGGGUUCAUUUCUAUACAAAAGAAUAUUUAUGAAGUCUGUAUAUUAUUACACUUUAUAUUGCCACAAAAAGUAUUUAUAUACUGUAUAGAAAGAGAGAUGGAGAGGCCCCUUUGGAUUAUAUAAAUAGCGCCUUUAAUCAUGGGCAAUGCCCUAAUAAGCUUAGUGAAACAGCCAAGAAAUAAAACCAAGCAUCGUUCACAAAUGACUGCAGUGGAGCACAUAUGAAUUUUGAUGAAACAAAAGAGCAGCAAAACAACAACAACCAAUCAAAGAUCCAACAAAUACAAGAGGAGUGUAGUGAAGCACAUAGGAAGCAAAAGCACCGAAAUGAUCUCUUCAACAGCCAGUGACUAUAAUAAAGCACAUAGGAUUUUUUUUUAUUAAACAAAAUUAACAUAGUGACCCUGACCCCUUAAACAGCCAAUAAAUAUAGCGCCUUUUACAAUGAGUGUACUGAAGUACUUAUAGACGAAAACAGCAAAACAGUCCUUCAAACAGCAUUUCAUGAUGGGCACAGUAAAGCACAAAGCAACUAUUAGAAGCACCUUUCACGAUAAUCGUAGUAAAGCACAUGUGCAGUUUUACAACAGCCAAUAAACACAGCACCUUUGACAAUGGCCAUGGUAAAGCACGUUAAAAAAGAAAACAAGCAAAGCAACAACCAGUGAAAGAGCCAACACAUAUGGCGCCUUUCACAGUAAUCUUAGUGAAGCACAUGCGGUGUUAGCUUUAACAAAACGAAUGGACUGAACCAAACACUCAGACAUCCAAUAGAUAUAGCGCCUUUAGAGAAGCACAUGAGAGUUUUUCUAUUAAA